AUAAAGGGAGAUUUAAGACCCGAAGUCUUGGGAGCCCUGGCCUGAAGGAAGGGCCUCCUGGAGGCCAGACCGACAGCGGUAGGACCCCACGUCCUUCUGGGAGGAGGAGAGGAGGGCUGAGGGCAAGUCGCCCAGGGCAACAGGGGCCUGGGCCUGGGCGGGCCGGCGCAGGAGUGGAAGUCCUCCUCCCUUGGCGUCGCUAGCGUUGCCAUGGUAACCCUGACCCGCAGACGCUGGCCAUGGCUUCUGGGCCAGGCGGGAGCUGGGGUAGCGCCCCACCACGGAGUGCAGACCCUACGCCCUGGAUGACCAUCCUGCAGUCCCUUCCGUCGGCCGUCCCACCCCCGCCCCCGCAGCCGGGCCGCGUGAAGGAAGACUUGCUGGAGCUGAUGAUGCUGCAGAACGCGCAGAUGCACCAGCUGCUGCUGAGCCGCCUGGCGGCGGGGGCGGCGGGAGCGCUGAGCCCCGGGUCAGACUCGCCCAGCGCGCAGGUCUACCUAGAGGACCAACUGGAAGAACUGCAGGAGGAGAUGGACACUCAGGAGGAAGAGCCUGUGGUGUUCCACCACCACUACCUGCCCUGUUCAGUGCCCUCCCUGGGAUCCCUACCACUCUGGCCAGCCCCUUUCCUCCUCCCUCCCCCACAUCAGCCCCUCUUUCAGGAUGCACCCAGGAUUCAGCACUGGCCUCCUGCCUCCAGGAAAAGGGGGAUGAGAGCUGUGCCACCGCCCCCACCCCCCAGUGCCACAGGGACAGUGGGUGCAGAUGUACCUCCUGCUUCAGAUUACUAUGAUGCUGAGAGUAUGCUGUGA